UGUGCAUUUAUCAUAUCUGUUUGUAGUGUCGAUUAUACAUAAACACCAGUUCUUUCUCCAGGAGAUGUGUGAUGUUUUGCAUGUUGUGUGCAAGAGAAAAUGACUCGUCGCUUUAGAAACUUAAACUAGUAGCCUAUAAAGAUGAAAAGUAAAAUCGAUGAUGGCUGUGGUCUGAUAUCGAUUGAUCGCACUUUCGCGUGAGCGCGCGUUCGUAGUUCAGUCAUUUCUGUUUAUGUGAACGCGCCGCGCGUCACAGGUUUCAGCAGAGAUGGAGUUUCUCACCGGCGGUCCGUUCUCGUCUACUGUCGGCCAGAGGAUUCAAAAAGCCACAAGCGCUGCCCUGCAGGCGGAGGACUGGAGUCUUAACCUGGAGAUCUGUGACAUCAUCAAUGAGACGGAUGACGGACCCAAAGAUGCAGUGAAAGCUUUAAAGAAGAGGAUUGUGGGUAACAAGAACUUCAGGGAAGUGAUGUUGGCUCUGACAGUUCUUGAGACGUGCGUGAAGAACUGUGGCCAUCGCUUUCAUAUGUACGUGUGUAGUAAAGAGUUUGUGGAGGGCGUUUUGGUCCGAGCGAUAUUACCCAAAAACAACCCACCCAUGAUCUUACACGACAGAGUGCUGAGCCUCAUUCAGGCGUGGGCUGGUGCCUUCCGGAACGUUCCGUCUCUUGCUGGAGUUGUAAAUGUGUAUGAAGAUUUGAGGCGGAGAGGACUGGAGUUUCCCAUGACAGAUCUGGACUCUCUCUCUCCCAUCCACACACCCAACAGAAGUGUUCCAGAGAACAGCUCUGCCUCCGGUACAGACUCACCGUCACAACCCUCUCCACAGAGCCCUGAUUCACCUGCACAGAAGCAGAAACUGAGAUCAGAGCUGGAUCUUGUCAAAGGUAAUCUGACCGUCAUGACGGAGAUGUUAAAUCAACUGAACCCAGGAGAAACUUCAGCAUCAGAUACUGAACUACUACAGCAGUUGUUUUUAGUGUGUAAGCAGAUGCAGCAGAGGGUUGUGGAGUUGAUUCCUAAUCUCUCAGAGGAGGAGAUGACUGCAGAACUUCUGCUGCUGAAUGAUGAUCUGAACAACAUCUUCAUUCGAUAUGAGAGGUUUGAUAGAUUGAAUAAGAUGCAAAGAGGAGACACAGAACAUCUAGAGUCACAGAACGAUACAGGAAACCUUAUUGAUCUUAGUCCUGUGUCACCAUCAACCAAUCAGAAUACACCUUCAGCUGUCAAUCAACAUGCAGCUCACAUUCCGCCCCCCCACACAAACAGUUCAAUGCAUGCGGAUGAGGAGUUUGAUAUGUUUGCUCAAACCAGAAGCAGCUCUCUGGCUGAGCAGAGAAAGAGGGGGGGCAGUGUGAGGUAUGAGGAUCCUGGAGCUGUGGAAGGUCUCGCUGAAGCACUGGACACACGGCUGCAGGUCACCGCAGGGACUCCGGCUCCACACAGCUCUGUUAUGGAGGAUAUUGAAAGCUGGCUUUCCACAGAAUCGCCGGAUGUUGAAGAUGCUGAGGGUGUGACCAGUGAAGAGUUUGAUAAGUUUUUAGCAAACCGAGCAAAAGCUGCCGAUCAUCUUCCUUCUAUGAAUCAAAACUCAUCCGCUCGUGUCAGUCACAUGACUCCCCCACAGCCAACCAGCGAACAGGAGCAAAAACACAACCAGCUCUUCUCGCUCUGAGAUCCUCCACAUCAUCUACACAAUAUCACCUGCUGCAGUGAUAUGAGAUGUUGCCACAUUAUCUGUGUGUUUCUAAUAUUUCAUUCCAGUCUUUAGUGUGUGUUUGAACACUCAUGAACCCAUAAGCCGUUUGUUUUCUGUGUGCACUGAAUCUUGUGUAAAAGCUUUAAUGAAUGUUGUAAAUGAACCAUGAAAAAGAACACUUGAUAUCUGUCUGCUGUCAUACCUCAAGUGUUUUCAGUUUAAUAAACAUACACUGUAAUAGCCACGUGUGCGUGUUAGAGGUUUAAAGAUAAUAAUCCAGUCACAGCAUGACAUUUCUGCAGGUGCAGGUUACCAAGAUCAAAUCCUCACACUUACAAUUAAAACAGUGCUGCGGUUGCCAUGGAAAACGUGGAAAGGGACUUUUACUAUUUUGAUUUUUAGAACGGGAAAAGAUUUCAAAAUAAUAAACAUU